AAAACUUUCCAAGUACUUCAUAAAAUACGAAUUGAAAAAUUAUGUUUUUUUGCGGCAAAGUACAUUUUCGUAGUAACAUUAAAAUCUCGAACACUUGUACGAGAAUUUUGUUUUCGUAUUGUGUAACGUCAUGUUGAAAUAAGUCUAUUCAUUAAAGUUGUGAAAGGAUGAGGCGGUUAUUUUUCAUUAGUUUCAUCAUAAAUUGUUUUCCCUUUCUUCAAGGUUUGAACACAACUCGUAUCUGUUUUGAUAACAGGGCAGUUGUGUCAUGUGUUGGAAACCAGUCCAUUGACAUUAUUGUUGUACAUUAUGGUCGAUUUUCCUCAAAUGAGUGCCCUGAUUCAACCAUAAUCCAGGGACAAUGUAAUGGUAGUGCGAAUGUUAGUAUAGCUAUAAAGGAUAUAUGCCAGGGUAAAAAUACAUGUACGUUUAAUAACAUUGCCGCAGGUGUACUUCCAGUUGGUACUUGUACUUCAAACAAUUUAAAACCAUAUGCUGAGAUAUCAUAUGACUGCAAAGGAAAUGUUGAAGAAGAUAUUGUAGACCAGUCCACAAAUGACAGAUCACAAGUGUUACAAAAACUACCUUAUAUACUAGUCGGUGUUGUGGUACUUGUUGUGAUUGUCAUUGUUAGUGCAGUCUUUGUAAGACGGAGACUGAAGCACAAAGAGCAAGCAGAAGUAGAGUACAGAAAACAAACAAGUACAGAAGUGAAUAGUUCUGAUACUAUAGAUAGCGGGAAAGGAGAGAGUCACUAUGAUGAAAUCAGCAUCAGAGACGAAGAAUCAAUCAAAACGGAGUAUAAUCAUUUAAAAUUUCGUGCUUCUAUCAAAACAAAUUGUGGGACGUACAAUAAUACAGACAUUGGUACAUAUGACCAUGCUGAAGGAGUUGUAAGGGGAGUUGAUUUAAACUCGUAUACGUACAACCAUAACGACAUUAAUACAUAUAACACUGCUGGUAUUAAAAAAUCAGCAGACGGUACAGAAUAUAGCAAUCAUUGUUAACAUUUGUACUGAAAUAACUUACCGCUACAUGAACAUGUGUAAGACAUGCAUUUUGUGAAAUGCUUAUUGUGAAACACUUGUUUGAACUACUAUUUGGAGAGGAGUUUUCCGUUGAAGUAUGAAUUACACCUCCCAUUAGUGAUGGGAGGCGCUUUAAACAGUUGAUGUCACUGACAUCUACCAUAGCGCUUUCAAAAAUGAAUAAUUGUAGUACAUUACGUUGUGGAACUUCAAUUUAUGUCGUCAAUUUUAGAUGUUAUGUCGUUACACGUUUAAUGGUUUUAGAACAAUUUUCUUAAGCUUUAGUUCAAAUAAUGUAUAUUUUUAAUUUGAUUUAUAUACUGAUUUGCAUAACAACAGUUUGAUAUACAUUUAAUAAUAAAGAAUUGAUGACAAGUUAAGGAUUGGUUAAGGUCGACCAUAUAGCACACAUUUAGUCUAGCUAUAUCGUAUAGUCAAUCUAUUUGGAAAACAUUUUUAGUAAGAACACAGUUGCUAGAAUAAUAACAAUUGUAGACGUUGCCGCCUCGUCUUUGCUCGGAACGAUCCUGCAAUGAUGAUCAGAAAUACUCGUUUUUAACUUAUCAUUAUUGACUUAUCAAGGAAAAACAACCAACAACAUUGGCUCAGUUUGCCAUUUUUCUAAGAGUUAUUUUCAUCUUUCUGUGUUGCUUUGAAAACUUUUAUCCAAAGUCAUUUGACGGACAUUGCUUGCAUUGCAGGAGGUAUUUACGGGAGUUAAAGAAGCUAGUAAACCGACUGAAUUUGAUUGGAUCUUUUCUGAAACCAGUGAUAAUAGGUUUGAUUGUGCUGAACCGUCCUGGAUACCAUUUGUUAUCAUAUAGUUUCCAACCUUGGUUAAACAAUAAUAAAAUCAUACACUCGACUGAAUGGUGCCUUUAAAUCUCGUGGAUUUUUAUUUCAUAUAUACACUUUAAAAUUCAAACUAAUAAGCUUAAAAACAAAUAAUCACCACGAUGGGUGCUAUAUAUGUGGACUAGGGUGUUUGUAUUGCUCAGUCUUAAUCUAGUUUGUGUAUUGUAGAUUGUUAUUUUCUUUACUUCGUUUUCGAUAUUUUGCAAUGGCGUUAUCGAUCUCCUUAUGGUUGGUUAGUUGUGAUUGUCUUGUCGUUAUCUCCCGUCUGUUUUCCUCUAAUGAUGUAAAGGAUAAAAAUAAAUCCAUAUAAAUUAUAA